AUGCCUGCGCUCCGACUCCUGGCCCUGCUGGGCGGCCUGCUGGCGUAUGCGUGGGCCGGAUCGGCCCCCUGCGCGGGCAUCGUGGGCGGCAGGAGGGCUAGGUCGCGGGACUUCCCAUUUCUGGCCUCCCUUCAGCGUCAAGGGAAUCACUUCUGCGGGGGCGCCCUGAUCCACAGCCGCUUCGUGCUGACGGCAGCCAGCUGCUUCCGCAUCGGGAACCCCACAACUGCCACAGUGGUGCUGGGGGCCUAUGACUUGAGGCGGCAGGAGCAUUCCAGACAGAUCUUCUCCGUGAGGGGCGUCAGUGAGAAUGGCUACGACCCCCAGGAGAACCUGAACGACGUGCUGCUGCUGCAGCUGGACCGUGAGGCCAACCUGACCAGCAGAGUGGCUGUGCUGCCGCUGCCCCAGCAGAACGCCACAGUGGAAGCCGGCACCAACUGCCAGGUGGCAGGCUGGGGGAUCACAGGACCCAGGGGGCGCCUCUCCCGCUACCUGAGGGUCGUCAACGUCACCGUGACCCCCGAGGACCAGUGUCGCCCCAACAAUGUGUGCACAGAUGUGCUCACCCACCGGGGAGGCAUCUGCCAGGGUGACGGGGGCACCCCCCUCGUGUGCAGUGGCCUCGCGCACGGUGUAGCCUCCUUCUCCCUGAGUCCCUGCGGCAGGGGCGCCGACUUCUUCGCCCGCGUGGCACUCUUCCGAAACUGGAUCGACUCCGUUCUAAACGGCCCAUCGGACGAGCCUGUGGGGGGCCUGUGA